AUGUGGACGGAGUUUUCUUGGACCAAGUUUUUUCUUCGAAAUAAUGUUCUCAAUAAUUUUGUUCUAGUUUUGAUUUUACAAUCAUGCUAUCGAAUUGGCUCUGAAAUUGCCACAUUCUCUUCUGUGUAUCCAGAUGAUCCUUCUGUCCCAUUCGCAUUUACUUCACCAUUUUAUGAAACAAUGUUAAUUGAUGAUGGAAGUUUACAUCAAUAUAUUAUUCCUACCCGUCACCAUAUGGGGGUCUCUGAACCAUUUAGUGGCAACCCAUCUGGCGAUGUUGUAUUUAAUAUUAUGGAUUUUGAUGCUCGUAGAUCUUUUCGAGCUGCCUGCAAAAAACUUGGUAAAUUUUUCUUCAUGCAUCUUCAUGCUUCAUCUGACAUUCCUGCUAGCAAUAAGAGACCAAGUUAUCGAUUCAAAAUUGAAGCAGUUUUUACUUCUCACAAUACUUCGUCACUUACUCCGAUCCGAUUGAGCAAUACCACCGAAGUUAUUGUAAAUGUCAUAGUUAUGCAUGAAAACUGUCCUAUCUUCACCAGAAAUUUCCAUCAUUUUAGUGUUCCUGAAAAUAUCAGCAUUCAACAGUCCAUAGGAAAGUUAUCUGCUAGUAGUUCAGGUUUCAGUGCUAGUGCACAACAUUUUUUCUAUGUAGACCCAGUGGAAAUCGAUAUCCCUUUUCGGGUUGACCUGUAUUCAGGUGACAUAUUUCCCACUCGUCUUUUGAACAGUCAACAUACAAGUAUUGGUUAUCCAGAAUUUAUUCAUGGAAAAUCGGAAAUCGAAAAUUUUGGGAUUUCUAAUUACACUUUUAACGUCUAUGUUGUGAGUCGUAGUGGCAGUGAUCGCGUUCGUUGUAAUAUGGUUAUUGCUACAAGAGUUGAAAUAUCGAUUAUUAAGUUCAAGCAUUCAGAUUUAUCGAUUAAGGUUGAACAUCUUGAGGAUAUUACCAUACCAGGUGCAGCUGGUGUAGCUUACGCUCGUGUUCACGUCUUCAAUCCAUCAUCUGUCGAUUCAAUAACAGGACUCCGAAUUUUAGAGCCAGAUAUGAGAGAAAAGUUUGAACUUGUGUCAACCUCCGGGAAAAAUGAAUGGUUAAUUCAACCUAAAUAUGACAUUCAUUCUAUUUCACUAAAUUCAUGGAUUAUGGUAACGUUGGAAGCUUACGAGGUUCCCAAGCUUUUUACCAAAGGAGAUGAGACUUCAAGUGUCUCGACCAGCCGUUUCUCGCGUCUAAAAGUAAACAUUACUUUGGUUUCAAAAUCUAAGUAUAAAUUAUUUUUGCCAUCGGAAAUAAGAAUUCGUUUAUCAGAGUCUACCAUUGUAAAUUCAACCAUUGAGGUUUUAAAGCCAUCAGCGAAUUUUAAUAUGACCAAUGCAAGCUUCGUUUUUACAGAUCUUCGUAGUCAUCAUCAAAAAUCGAAAUCCGGGGAAAAGAUCAAGUUGACGAAAAGUGGUUCUCUCGUGGUUGUGCAGCCACUUGAUUUAGAGAAUGAUGUUUCUGUUCAAAAUUCACUUCAAGCUUCUGUCAAUAAUAUAAUUACCAUCCCUUUUACUGUUGUGGAUCGCAAUAAUUUGUUAUUAAGCAGCGCAUCAGAGUCACGUAUCAUUGUUGAGGUUUUCGACGUGAAUGACCUAGAUCCUAUUGUGCAAAACAAUGGAUCUGUAUAUGAAGUACCUGAAAAUACCUCAGUUAAUUCUCAUAUACUUUCAGUUGUUGGGUAUGAUCCUGAUGUAUCACAUACAGACCUUUCGUAUAUCCUGUAUGAUGCUGACAUCUUACCUUUUACGUUAGUUGGUCCUCGUAAUGACCAGCUGGUGGUAUCAAAGCCUCUUGACGCAGAGACUAUGCCAACUGAGUUUGUAGUCCGUGUACUUGUUUCUGACUCUGGAAUUCCGCUACCUCGUAGCGUUCUGGCCGUUUAUAUCAUUCGAAUCCUAGAUAUUAAUGAACACUCUCCAGUUUUUGUGGAAGAUUCUUGUGAAAUUUCGUUACCAGUCACGGAUGAAGGCUCCAUUUUCUUCAAAGCAGCGCCAUCAUCACCAAGCCUUAAUAUAGGUCGCUAUUUUGCUGAGGAUUUAGAUCGAGACGGUCAGAGUUCUGUUACAAUUCAUAUAGCAGCUAGCAGCUUCCCGAGACCAUGUUUUAAAGUUGAGGAACAAACAGGUGAUCUAAAUAUUAUUUGUUCGUAUUUGGGUUCUCCAGGAGCUCAAAUUAUACUUAACCUAUUGGCUUCAGAUAGUAUGAAAGUUUCCAAAGAAUCAUGCACCUUAUCACUAAAUCUAGUUCCUUUUCAAGAGAUAGCUGGUGCUAAUUUCACCAGGCGUUGCAAGUCAUCUCACGUUUAUGAUAAAUUACAAGCGCUAAAAGUACAAAAAAAGAGGUAUGAAUUUCUGCUUAGUCAGAAUACCGUUUAUGAGCUACACGUUAACCGCCAUCGACCGCAAUUCCCGACAGACUUACCUACUCGUAUACAUAUUCCUGAAAACCUUCCUAUCGGUACAGUAAUAUUGAGGUUUGCAGCUUCGGAUGAAGAUGGUGCAGAUUAUUCAAUGGCUGGGCAGAUCAUAUAUGGAUUAGAAGCUUUGAGGUCAGUUUCAUCCGAAACCGAAGUAUCAAAACAUGCUACAGACGCAGAUAUUAAACAAGCUUUCCUACUGUUGCCGAAUCCCGGUCUACAUAGAGAACUCGUUAGCAACACCACAUUCUGUUGUGGUGUUUCCCUGGUUGUAGCUGCUCCCUUAGAUCGGGAAAUGGUUUCCAGUUACAGUCUAAUCUUACGUGCAUGUGACCUUGGUCAACCACAGCUGUGCACCUUUUCUCCACUACUUAUCGACCUUGAUGACUUAGAUGAUAAUGCUCCUGAAUUUUUCAGUCCAACGUCUGCCCAGCAAGCUAUUAGUGGGGUUCAUAUAUCUACAAAUCCUUCGCUACCACCAUCUCUUACUCAAGAUGUGGCUUUAAGUAGUAUCAGCGUUCCCGAAGAUACACAACUUGACACAAUAUUGGGUCAAAUUCGAGCUGUUGAUCGUGAUGCUACGAGCGAAGUUCGUUAUCAUCUGUUAAAUUUUCAGGAUGUAUUUAAGAUACACAAUCGAACUGGAAAAAUCCGCUUAAAAGCAAAAUUGGAUAGGGAGACUCAAGCGGUAUAUGAGCUGUUAGUUUCUGCGAUCGGCUAUCCUCGUAGAAACCAUCAACAGUCCCAUUUUAGAAUACCAUACUUUGACUUUAUGCAAGUCUCUCAAGCAGUUGACUACGAUGUCCGACUCUCCACGAAUACGCGUGUCCGUAUUAUAGUAACCGAUGUCAAUGACAAUCCCCCAAUGUUUUACUCUCCCGGUCUACCUCAAGAACCUCAAUAUCUAUAUAAUAAUUCAUCUGGAACUGCCGGUUUAAAUGCUUGGUUGGGGACUGAUGGAUAUGUCAUUCACGUGCCUGAAAAUAUCCCAGAAGGUGCUUAUAUAACUACAUUGAUGGCUACUGAUAAAGAUGAAGGCAUAAAUGCCUUAAUCAGAUAUAGUCUAUUCGGGAAGUUAGAAAGCAGUACAAAUUGUUUUCAUGCAGAUCAGAUGACUGGUGUUGUUCGUUUAGCCGCAGGAUGUGAUUUACGAAAAAGUAGCCGUAGUCAUGUUCUUACUGCUUGGGCUAUGGAUCAUGGUGCAUCGCAGUUGUAUGCUAGUAUCUCAUUCAUUGUUCAUGUCUUACCUGUCAAAUUGAAUAUUUUUCCACCUCGUUUCAAGACUCAUCCAGCUCUUUUUAGCGGAUGGAUACGUGAAAACCAGCCUUCUGGGAGCUUUGUUUUUUCAGAACGUGAUCUUACAUCCAAAUUGCAAUUGAAAGCAUUUGAUUCAGAAGGUUUCAAUGUACUUUUUGCCAUAGUUGGAGGAUCAGGAUUUGGUCUGUUUAGUGUGAACAAUGAUGGUUUUAUAUUCAGUACAAGGGAAAUAGAUGCUGAGUUAGUACAAGAAGACGGAGGAUUUUGGUUAGUAGUUUAUGGACUUGGAUCACCACACUCAUCUACCUCUCCUCUAUUUGAUUCUGAAACUACGGAAUCAUAUAUAGUUUCGUCUGAUUUCGGUGGACCAUUGUAUACAAUUGCCGAGAUAUUUAUUGAAAUCAUUGACGAAAAUGAUCAUUUUCCUGUGUCUCUAAUUCCACAAUACCACCAUCGCCUAUUGGAAAAUUCACCUGCUAAUAUUGUAGUAGCUAACAUUGUCGCUUCUGAUUCGGAUAAAAGUACAAAUGACCUGACCUAUAUAAUAGCAGCUGGUGACCCUCAAGGUCACUUCGUGAUCGACUUUAAAACAGGUGUGUUGACGACAACAGAACGUUUACUGGAUCGGGAAGCGGUUCUAAAAGAUACGGGAAGAGUAGAAUUGAACCUUGUGGUUAGUGUAUCUGAUUCUCAGUUAAAUUCACGAUCAAUUGAAGUUUCAGUUGGAAUCGAAUUAAUAGACAUGAAUGAUAAUUCACCUCAGUUCGUUUAUACUGCUCCAAAUGAAUUCUCAGAAUAUAUUAUGGGUGCAGAGAACCCUUUCUAUUUUUUCCAGUAUUACGCAACAAACAUUUCAAAUCCAGUUAUUUGUGUUGGACGUGUUUUUGCCUUAGAUUUGGAUGCUGGAUUAAAUGGGACUGUUAUUUAUGAACGUGAAUCUUUAACUAGUUUUCAGUUAAUAAAAGAUGGUGGUUUUGAUGUGAUUGAAAAUAGUGGUUUGAUCUGUACCAAGAAUGGUCUACCUCCUGUUGGAGAAUAUAGAAUUCAAGUAUAUGCUAAAGAUAGAGGUACUCCAAGUUUACGUUCAAAUGAAGAUCAAUCAGCACUUGUCGUCAUACGUAUUCUUAAGUCUCCAGAAAAAUUAAUUGACAAUAGUCAUUCAAUAAAAUUUACAUCCACACCACCAAAUACACAUUCGAUUAAUACCAAUUGUAUUAUUGGUGAGAAACUUUUCAGUUUUUCAGUUUAUGAUUCUUAUGAUCCUAGUGGAAUGAAAUUGAUAUUUGAACUUUUGACAUCCAAUCAUUCGUAUCAUCAUCCAUUUGCAAUUGGUCAUUCGUCACCGACUAAUUUAUUUGUUUAUUUAGCUGAACACUUGGAGCAUUAUUUAUUGCCUGUUCACAAUUUAUUAUUGAUUGUUUCAAAUGGUUUCAAUAUGAUCACUGCCAAGAUUGACAUUAACGUGAAAUCGACUAUUCAAUCUAGUCCAAAAUUUCUUCUACAUUCAAUCACUUCAGAACCUAUCGGAAAUAUAAACAUCACCAAUUUGUCACCAGAACAAGAGAAAAAUUCAUCCAUACAAAAUAAUAAUUAUCAACAUAUAAUUAUUCAUGUUAAUAUAACUGAAUCUGCAUUAAUUGGAAGUUUAGUUUGUCGAUUAUAUGUGGAAGAUUCAAAUGUAGAUUCCAUGAAUAAAUUGCAUUAUUCCAUAAUGUCUGUUGAACAUAGUCAAACAUGGGAUUUGUUUACGCUGAAUGAAAAUACCGGUGAACUGUUUGUACACGGACUUUUGGAUUAUGAAACUAUUCAACAUCAUUAUAUUUUGGCUGCAGUACGAUACUCAGGAGUAUCUUUGUACUCAUCGUAUGCAACUAUAUAUGUACAUAUAUUAGAUGCAAAUGAAUAUGCUCCACAGUAUCUUGGUUUAUAUACCCCUUCAAAUUUAAUCUCUAAUCAUAUAAGUGUAUUAGAUAGUGAUACAACGUCACGUUUAGGAAGUUUCACUUUUUAUACAUCAGGUGUUAAUCCUGUCGGCAGUUCAAUUGGUUGUAUCACAGCAUUUGAUCCAGAUACCGAUGAUAAUGGGCGUAUUGUAUACAGUAUUGUAAAAGGUGAUACUUCUGAUUUCUUUUCUAUUGAACCAAAUACUGGAUGUAUAAUAUUAGCGAAACCUCUACUACCUAAUCGUUCUUACUCAAAUACUGGUGAGCUAGUACCGGGACUUAAUUCAAAACUAUUUGUACGGACACAUCAUCUCGUUGUAUCUGCAAAUGACAAUGGAACUCCUGUAUCAAAAUCAAAUUAUACACUAGUUAAAAUACACAUUACUCCAGGUCCCGGUGGUAUUGAUGCACCAAUGCCUCGUUUUGCUUCCAAUGAUAUAUUUUAUUUAACUGUUUAUGAAAAUGUUCCACCAAAUACAGUCUUGGCACCGUUAAUGCGUCAAUUAACUUCAGAUUCCGCUAUACCUGGUUUUAUUGCAUUUCGAUUAGUCAUGGCUGAACCAAUCAAUGUAUUGUCUGGGUCUGCUACAAUUUCAAAUAAUUCUACAAAUUUAUUUGGAGUAAUGAUUGAUACUGGUUUGCUAGUGACAUUGGUUCAGUUAGAUAGAGAAACACAUGGUGAUUUUCAUCGUCUUAUUGUAGAAGUUGUUGGUACCGGCGGGAUUCGUAGUAUGUUCUAUGAUCGUCUGACAAUUCAAAUACGAAUCCUCGAUGAAAAUGAUAAUCCACCAAAAGUUAUUGGGCCUAGUCGUUGGACUGGUUGGAUUGCUGAGAAUUCACCAUCUGGUACUAUGAUUAUUGGUCAUUGUGUAGAAGAUCAUUUGGUUGCUUGUGACCGCACCCAUAUAAGUCCGUUAACUUUGAAAGUUAUUGAUUAUGAUGUAGGUGUUAAUGCACAGUUGGUGUAUAAUUUUGUGGGAUCACAAAUAAAAGAUGGUCAUCGUCAACCUUUCUUCGUGGAUAAUUCAACUGGAGUGCUACGUCUUGCUGAUUAUGCAUCAUUAGAUCGUGAAACAACAGGAAGUUAUGUUCUUAUGAUUGAAAUAUCGGAUGCUGGAACGCCUAGUCUUACAGCUGAUCGAUUAAUUAGAAUUACUGUUGAAAUUACAGAUGUAAAUGAUAGUCCACCAAUUUUUACUGAUUCAUUUUACUUAAGAUCUACACUAUUUUUACCAACUUAUCCAACAGAAUUAGUUUUGCAGUUAACAGCAGAAGAUCCAGAUCUGAAUGAUUCUGUUCAUUAUUAUCUUGUCGGUGGAGAUGGUGCUGAACAUUUUACUCUUGAUGAAAAUGAUGGUAUUCUACGUGUAGCAUCGAAUUCUACUCUGUCAUUAACUAACAUCUCCUACUCACCAUUUUCAUUAAAUGAUCAAGUCUAUUUUCUAUAUGUUGAAGCUUGGGAUAAUCAUCAGCCAAUAGCUCAUGUUAGUCGUUCAAAUGUUACCAUUUUUGUGCGCUGUUCAUCUUCCGUUCGUGAAUUUCAAACAUUAAUCAUUGAUCCUGUGGAUGGUUUGUAUGUGGAGAUUGAAGAACACUUUAAUGGUCCAGAUCUAUUGAAACUAGGUCAAUUGUCUGUUCGUAAUUCUCCUAUUGGUACAAUUUAUAAGUUCAUCACAUUGGAUCCACAUCCAGGCAUUUUUGUUCAUCCACUAACUGGUGGUGUUUUUGCUACUGGCAAACAAAAUUCCACUGAAUUAGAUCGUGAAUCAAUGGCUAAUUUCACUAUGCGUAUUCUUGUACGUGAUGCUAAAAAUCGUAUUGGAACUGCUGUAAUUUACGUGCAUUUAUUAGAUAUCAAUGAUUAUCAACCGGAAUUUAUCGGUUUACCAUAUUAUGUAACGUUUUGUGUUGGUUCAAGCACUAGUUUCAAUGCAUUGAAUGAACAAUCGACCAAUCGUAGUAUAGAAGCUAAUCCUACUUGUAAAAGUUUGAAUAACUUUAAGGUUACAGCUAUUGAUAAAGAUGAAGGUAUAAAUGGAACUGUAGUUUAUAGUCUUACCAAUAUUCGUCCUAGAGCUGAACCACCAUUAUUAUCUAUUAAUUCUACAUCUGGACAAAUAUAUUUACUUCGUAGUCUUCCAUCUGAUUGGACUGGUCGACAAAUUGAAGCUAUUGUUGCAGCAAUCGAUGGUGGAGGUCUCUCGUCAACCGCUGUUGUGAAUAUUCAUUUAGUUGCUGAAAAUGGUCCACAAUUCACAGCCACGUUGUAUUCUGCUACUAUUUCGGAAUCUGUUCCAAUCGGUGAAUCAAUUACUUCCAUUGAAGCAAUCGGUAUAAAUAAUGAUGCUAGUUUAAUUUAUCGUAUUGUAAAUGUUAAAUCGAUUAAACAAACUCCAAUGUCAUCUAGUGAUUUAUUUCAUGAUUUCAAAGAACACAAUCUAUUAUCAUUGGAGGAUUGUCCAUUUGGACUUGAAUUUAAUACAGGUAUUGUCCGAGUCAGUAGUCGUUUAGAUUAUGAAGUUGCAUCUCACUACUUAUUACUCAUUGAAGUUAUCGACAGUCAAACAGGUUUUGCUGCUCGUGUAAAUUUACUCAUUAAUGUAACUGAUGUCAAUGAUGUUUCACCGAUAUUUUCACUUGAUGAAUAUUCCACAACCAUAUCAGAAAAUGUCCCCAUUGGUUAUCGAAUUCUCACCUUGAAAGCGUAUGAUCCAGAUUCUGGUGCAGGAGGACUGAUAAAAUACCAUUUAGAAUCACAUAAUCCAUUAUCAUCGAACUCGGAUGAACUUUCAUAUUUUAAAUGUGAUCCUGAAACUGGUGACGUCAUUGUUGCGAAAUCCUUGGAUUUUGAAAGUGUACGCGACUAUUUCUUAUGGGCUGUUGCUUCUGAUCAAGCAUUGAAUUCACUAGUGACACGUGUACCUCUUCGUAUUCAAAUCACAGAUUUCAAUGAUAAUCCACCAUUCUUUAAUUCAUUUCAACCAAUAUCAAUCGAAAAUGCCUUAUUUAAUCAACAAGUUGAUGAUGAUAUUCCAUCAAAAUGUAUUUAUCAUGUUACGUUAAAUGAACAUUCACCUAUUGGUACCAUAAUUUUAAAAUUAUCCGCUACAGAUCCAGAUAUAAAUGAUACACUUUCAUAUCGUAUUAUACCAAUUAAUCAAAAUGAAACAUUUUAUUUUCAUCUUAAUCAAUUUGAUGGUGUAUUACGUUGGAUACCUGUAGUGAAUAUUUAUGGUAAACCUAUAACUACUACUACUACUAGUAGUAGUAGUAGUAAUAGUAAUAGUAUUAAUGAACAAUUAAUUACAACUUCAAAUCAUAUUAAUUCAUUAGAAUUUCAUUCUAUUUUUUCGUUAGAUCAAAUUAAAAUUAAAGUUGAAGUGACUGAUGGCCUACAUUCAAGUACAUGUGAUAUCCUAGUUAAUUUAGAUCCUUAUAAUUGGAAUCCACCAAGAUUUGAUUUGCCUAAAUAUGAAUGGUGGGAAAUAUCAGAACUUACAACUGUUGGAUCCAUUGUUAAUCGUAUUCAACCAGCUAAAGAUAUGGAUCGUGGUCAAUAUGGACAAAUUGUCUACAAUAUAACUGGUGGUGAUAAACAUCAAUGGUUCAGCAUAGAUCCUAAUGAUGGUACUGUUCGGUUGACUCGAUCAUUGGAUAGAGAAGUGAAAAAUCAAUAUAGUUUAUUAAUUCAAGCUACCGAUGGUGGUGGCCUAAUGGAUUUUAUGAAAUUAGAUAUUUCUGUAAAAGAUAUUAAUGAUAAUCGACCAAUAUUUGCACAAAACAAAUAUGAACUGACUCUAUUACCAUUCAUGUAUAAUCCAUCUGAAGUGGACAAUUUCCCAGUGACUUUACCUUUACAAUUGAAAGCGUAUGAUGCAGAUAUUGAAGAAAAUGCCCAACUUGUGUAUCGAAUCAUUAAUUCACCAUCGAAUGAGUUAUUUCAAUCAAAACGAUUUUCAAUUGAUUCAACUACUGGUGUACUUUUAUUGAAUGAAAGAUUAUCACCAUCUACUGUUGAUGGUAGUGAAGAACAAUUAUUGAUUGAAGCAUGUGAUUCGCCUGUCUAUUCAGAUUCUGUCAUACUAUGUUCUCAUCCUGUACAAAUUCAUAUACAAUUUUCUAAUCAGUCGUCUAUUGUUCUACCAGAGAUUUCGUGUACAUCGCAACCAUUGUUAGAGGAUGAUUUUACACUUGAACGUCAAGUCGGUGCAUGUGAUGUUAAACCGGCUAAUUUGAGUGGUCGAUCAUCAUGGCAUUUAACUGGUGUAUCACCGCUGCCGCCGCCGCCACCAACACAACAACAGCAACAACAUGAACAAACUCUUUUUAGAAUUGACUCUGAAACGGGUCAGAUAUUUUCAAUGAAACCGUUGAAUUUUGAAAUUCAGCCAGUGUAUGAAUUGAAUAUUGAAUUACACUAUGCUACGGCAUCUAUGCCUACAAUUAUUAUGCAUACAAAGUUAACCAUUGAAUUAAUUAAUGUCAAUGAUUGUACACCAUACUUUGAUUCACCAGUAUAUCAUAUUAACUUGCCAGAAGAUUAUCCAAUCCAUGUAAACUUCCUUCGAACUUUAGCUAUGGACGAUGAUGAUACUGAUGAUAAAGUUGGUCAUCAUACUACUGAUGAUCAACAAGAUAUAAUUACUUAUUCUUUAUGGCCAAUAUCUACUUUAACUUCAGAUCGUUUCAGUAGUCGUGGAAAUUUUCAAGAUCAAUUUGAUCGUUUAGAAAAGUUGAUUUUAUUUAAUCCAGAUUUGCAAACACUGCGUAAAUUAUUUAAAAUAGAUGGAAAAGGUUGGAUUUCACUUAAAUCUUCUUUAGAUUUUGAAUUGAAUCGAGAACAUGUAUUUCAGGUUAUUGCUACAGAUGCUGUUGGUCAUUGGAACACUAGUCGAGUACAUAUUUUUGUGCGUGAUGUAAAUGAUAACCCACCUCAUUGGCCACUUUUACCAAUUAGUAACGAUUCAUUAGAAUUUAUUUUACCAGUAGAUUUGAGGAAGCGUCAAAUAUUGUCAGAUGAAAUUGAAAUUUUGGAAAAUUGGUGGCCAUCUAAAGAAGAGGAGGUUAUCUAUCAGUUAUCUGUAAUGGAUCCUGACCAGGAUGUACAGUCUCAAGUUCAGUUUACUCUUGUUAAUGAGCACACAUCUGCGUUACCCUCUCGAAAUUCUCAUGGGAAUAGUUUCUUUUUUUAUCUUCAACCAUCGGGUGCUCUAUAUCUUCGCCAACCAUUAGAUAGAGAACUAUCACCCGUUCAUAUACUUCAAUUUCAAGCAUCAGAUGGACAGUUUGUUACACAAGAUCUUUUUGUUUUACGUGUAACAGUGAAAGAUGUUAAUGAUAAUGUCCCAAUAUGUAUACAACCUGAUCGUAUUAUCAAAGUACCAGAAAAUUUGAAACUUGGAACAAUUUUAACAACAUUAAAUGCAACGGAUAAUGAUGCAGAUCCUCACAAUUCUCUAAUCACAUAUUCCAUUAAAUUUCAAAAAUCAAACAUAUUUUCCAUUUAUAGUCAUAAUGGCACUGUCACCUUAAAUACAUCAUUAGAUUUUGAAUUAAGUCAAGAACAUGAGAUUAUAGUCGAUGCAACAGAUCCAGAAGGAUUUAGUUGUUCAUUUAAUUUAAAAGUAAUCGUUUUAGAUGUCAAUGAUAACCAACCAAUAUUUGAUGCCAUUGAAAUCAAUGCUAUACCUGAAGAUGCUCCACUAGGAAGUUUGGUAGGAAAAAUAAAUGCUCGAGAUUUGGAUUCUAUUGAUACUAAUCGAUUAGUCUACAGUCUUGCUGGAGCUCAUGACUCUAGUUUCAGUAUUGAAUCACAUACUGGUUUGUUAAGAGUCAGUCGACCAUUGGAUCGUGAAGUUAAAAGUGUUCAUACAUUAACUGUUCUAGUGACAGACGGAUCACAUCAACAUUCUGGUACAGGUGAACAGUCUACUUCAUUUACAUCGAGUGCAACAUUUACCAUAAAAUUACUUGAUGUUAAUGAUUCACCUCCUCAAUUUGUGAAUACAUCAGCUCAUCGAAUAAAAAUAUCAGAACUGGCGCCUAUAGGUGAAAAAUUAACUCGCCUUAAGGCGAUUAGCCAAGAUGAAGGUGAUAAUGCUGUAAUAUACUAUCGUUUGCUUACUAAACAACCAGAAUUUGGUUUGAAUGAAACUACUGGUGAUUUAUGGCUUCAAAAACCAUUGGAUUAUGAACAAACAUCAGCAUACUUUUUAACUAUUGAAGCACGUGAUCGUGGUCAACCUCCAUUGAGUAGUACAGCUGUGUUAACUGUUCAUGUGGAUGAUGCUAAUGAUAAUCAACCACAAUUUUUAGGUAGACAACGAAUACCGGAAAAUAUUGGUUUAAAUAAACUCGAUAGUCUGACAUUUGUUGAUUUAGAUUUUUAUCAAUAUUACUAUGCAUUCAGUGUGGUGGAGAAUAGUCGUAAUGGUACUGUUGUUGGCAAGUUUAAUGCAAUUGAUCCAGAUAGUGGUGAUAAUGGGCGUAUAAGCUUUCGUCUAGGCGACAAUGUUGAUUUCUCCACUUUAUUUGAAAAUUACCAACAAGAUUCCGAAAAUAUAGAAUUUUUAACUAUCACUGAAGCAAAGAAACGUUUUAGUUUGGAUUCAGAAUCUGGUCGAUUAUUACUAGCUUUCCAACCGGAUCGUGAAGUAGUUAGUGGUUAUUGGUUAGUUGUACAAGUUGAAGAUCAUGGAAAACCGAAUCCUUUAUCCAGUUUUACAUUAGUUUAUGUACAAAUAUCAGAUAUGAAUGAUUGUGCACCGACCUUUGAAAAGUCUAAUUAUGAAUUUUAUGUUGAAGUUGAUCGGUCAGGUAAUAUAAGUGCGUGUUCCGAGAGACAAAGUUCAGAUGAAAAUCACUGUCAACCUACUUCUUCCAGUAGUGGUAAUGUUCUUAUUGGUCGGCUAAAAUUGACAGAUGCUGAUGCACAUCCUAAUUCCGGUCCAUUUACAUGUCAAUUAGCUAAUUCUGGUAUUAUGCAAACUAUUCUACAUGAUUCAUUACCUUCUUCGAAAUCAAGUGCUACAUCAGCUAUUACUUAUACUACUAGCAGUAGCAGUAGUAGUAGUUUAUUUUCUGUUCGUACUAAUGAUAAGAAAAUUCAUAAAUCCACUUCAAAUACAAAUGAUCAUGUCAACAAUGAAACAGAUUUUAGUAGAGGAGAAUGUUUACUCUAUGCAAUUGACAAACUACCUGUUGGUAGUCAAAGUUUAGUGAUCCGAGCUAAUGAUAAUGGUUUAACUGCACUACAUACAACAACUACAGUCACUGUUCGUGUUAUUCGAAUGUCUAAUCUACCACCAGAGAUUGUCAAUACAAAUUCAACAUUAAUUUAUUAUCGUAGUUUACAUGAUAGUAAUAUGAAUUACUUUCCUGCAUCAUCAUCAUCCUCUUCAAAAUACGAUAUCUCUGAUCAAAAUUCUGAUAAAACUAUUGGUCGAAUAACAGUAAAAGAUCGUACAGCUCAUGAUCGAUUGUAUUUUGAAUUAUUGAAUGAUAAUACAUCCACAUCGAAUUUAUUUGUUGUUGAUCAAUAUGAUGGAACUAUUCGUCCUGUUAUGAAAAGAUUAUCUCAUUCAGUUACAAGUCAUUCUAAUCUAUAUGAUGCGUCAAGUAAACCAGUAAUCAAUCAAUUUCAUAAUUCAUUAUUUCAUCUUGACUCUGGUAGUUAUCCAUUACGUGUACGUGUCACAAAUGGUACACUUGCUUCUGAAGCAACAAUGCAUAUCAAAGUUAUAGCUAUAACUGAAGAAAUGCUUGACUCAUCAUUGGUAAUUCGUAUUUCAAAUCUGCUACCAAAUUUAUUCUAUAUGGAAAAUUAUAAUACUUUAUUACAAAAUCAUUUAUCUAGCCUACUUUUAGAAUCAAAUUCAUUAUAUUAUCAAACAUCAAGUUCAACCAAGAAUAAUUCUUUACAAGAUGAUAAUGUUUAUAUUCUUUCUGUACAAGAAACAGAUUUUCCCAAUCGUCUUAAUCCUCAUUCAUCCUCAUCAUUAUCAUCGUCGUCAUCUUCCUCUUCGUUUGCAUAUCAUCAACAAAAUACAUUCAUCAAAUCGCAUCGUAAUAAACGUAGUCUUGAUAGAGCUGUUGAUAUUCUUAUUGCAGUAUAUGAUCCAAAAGAAAGAGAAUUUAUUAAACCAUCUAAAAUUGCUCAAACUAUUAAUGGAAUAGCUGAUCGUUUAUCUGUGGAAUUCGGUGGAGAAAUUGAAGCUAUACAUGAUGUUUGUACACCACAGUUUUGUCCUCGCGGUCGUUGUCAUACAAAGAUUACUAUUGAUCCGAACGGUCUUAUGAAUCGUAUUGAAGUACAUCGUGUAAAUCAAGUAUCACCUCGAUUUGUGUUAUCGCCUGUUUGUCAAUGUCCAAUACAUUUCACUGGUCUACUUUGUAACACACCAACUGAUGGUUGCGCUCUAGCCAAUUGUCCCGCUUCUCGAUUAUGUAUUCCACAUGGUUUGAAUGAUUAUUCGUGUAUUUGUCCACCGCCUCGUACAGGUCCGAAUUGUGAAUCCAUUUUAAUUUAUGGUGAUGGUAGAGAUGAUUGUCAUUCAGAGUCGUGUUUUAAUCAAAGAGAAAAUGGACCAUUACAAUUUACUGGUGGAACAUUUAUUCAUUGGGAAUUUGUUAAUCCUAAUCCAUUUUUUAUGGAAUUAAAAUUCUCUUUUCGAACUCGACAAACAAAUGGACCUUUAGUAUUGAUACGUUGGUCAUCAUUAAGAACUUUUCAAUUCAGAUUAACCAAUAAUGGACAUUUGAUGAUUUCUGCAACUGGUUUAUCUAAUGGUUUACCAAUAACUGAUUGGUUAACGUCUGAUGUAUCAAUUGCUGAUGGUAACUGGCAUCGUGUACGAUUUGUUUUGACAGAGUUGAAUUCAUAUAAAGCAUCUCCUAUUGAUGCCUUAUUUCGUGAUGCAUUAUUGGAAGAUUCAAAAACAAAAUCAAGUUCUUGGAAUUCUGAUUCCAAUUGGUGGACUGAAUUGACUGUCAAUGGGAUCAAUCCUCAGUCUGCUUCAAUCAACUGGAGUCCAGGUGAUUCACACCAACAAGGGAUUCUAGUUGGAGCCGAUCUAAUACAUGGCUUUCGCCCUUUAAGUGAACCAUACAAAUUAACAAGUAUCAACACCGCUCCUGAGAGUUAUUCAUUUUCUAAUUCAUCAAAGGUAUCACCGAUUGUCUUCCGAUCAGGAAUUGUUGGCUGUUUUCGUGAUUUCACUAUUAACAAUAUAAAACCACCAUAUCAAAUCAAUCUGGUUCCGAAACAUUCGGAAAAUAUUCUUGGCUUAUCGUCAAAUCCAUCUGUAUUAAUUGUAAGAACGCAUAAACUUGAAUAUGGUUGUCAACCUAUCAUGACAAUAUCUGGUUCUUGUGCAUCUGGACCUUGUUUACAUGGUGGAACUUGUAUAACUGGUUCAAAACAAUCAUCUGGCAGUUCAUCUUAUGCAUGUGAUUGUCCUUCAUUAUUUCAUGGAAGACAUUGUGAACGUACUAAUGAUGCUUGUCUACUUGCACCAUGUUACAAUGGUGGAAGUUGUCAAACUCUUAUCACAUCAAGUAUAUCCAAAACACCAAUACAUUCUGGUUUAGCUGCUUAUCGUUGUAUUUGUCCAGCUGGUUUAUCUGGUAUACACUGUGAAAUUGUUCAUCCAGAAAUUUUAUCACAAACUUCAUUGUUAAGUAAAUCAUUAGAGAAAAGUGAUUCAACAAUUCUUCAAUCUGAUAUUACUUGUCAUACAGCACAAUUAAUUCUAAAACAGGAUAUAUUAAAUAAACUACAAUCAGGCAGUAGUUCUCAUUUUCGUCAUACCUUUUCUAUGCCUUCUUCAUCAAAUAUCAAUGAAGAUUCAAAAAAAUUCGUUUGUUUACAUAAUGGUACAUGUGUGGCAUCGUCUAGUGGACCACAGUGUAUUUGUCCAUUGGGUUGGCAAGGAGCACGUUGUGAAUAUGAUAUUGAUGAAUGUCAUGUAGUGAAUAGUAUCUAUUCAAGUGAUUUGCAUCAAUCCACACCUUAUAUUAAUUGGUUAGAAAAUCGUGCCAGUUCAAAAGGAGGUCUAUGUAGUCCGUAUAGUCCAGGACGAGGUGUAUGUUUCAACACACCUGGUUCAUAUAAAUGCAAUUGUUCAAUUGGUUUUUCUGGUCAACAUUGUCAAUCCAAGAACUUAAUCCCAUUGAUUCCUGAUACCACUAUGCUUGGACUUAGUCAAUUUCAUAUUUAUAUCACCGUUGGCCUGUUAGCAUUUCUGUUUCUGGUUGCAUUGACCACAAUAGUUUUGUUGGCAUGUCGUGCUCGCGGUAUUAUUGGUGGAACAUUGGAUGGAAAUCGACGAUCUGUUAAAUCGGUCAGUUCGUACUGGUCUAAUGGUGGAAAUCAACAAGUGAAACCUGCAUCUCGUUUAUCAGAUCCUCGAUUAAAUCGUUUAAAUCAUUCUGCUGGUGGAAGUCUAUCUGGUAUACCAUUUGUUGCUGCUAGUCCAGCACAUUUAAAUCAUGCUAGUCAUAUUGGUACACAUCCUCGAUACCAUGUGAUAUCGACAGGUCAUCGUCGCCCUUCUCUAGCCUCAUCGACAUUCGGCUAUCCAGUUGCAAUGGAUGACAGUGCUACUGCUCUACUUAACAGCAACUCGGGACAAAUGCCAUUUUCUCCAGAAUCAGUUAAACUUGGAGGAAAUUGUAAUGCAGGUGCUACAUUGGCAGACUAUACAGAUCGUGAUGAUUCCGUUUCUGCCUGUAAUUCUGGAUUGGUGCUAUAUCCCACUAAUGUUGGAGAUCAGAUGCCUGUGAUGAUGAUGCUUUCUCCCCUUCCUGGUGCACAUGGAUCAGUUGGUCCUGGUAACCGAGCGAGUGUAAUUGCCCGCUACUCACCUGCUUCUUCUGUCAUCUUCUACGGGCCAGGUGCUCCUUCUGGUUCGGCAACUCCUACAAAUCAGAUACAUUCUCCUCAACCAGGUUUUUGUGUGGAUUCAUCGGGUUCUGGCUACGUUUCUCAACGCCAGUGCUUCACUGGUUCGCAAAUGGCCUUAUAUCCAACAGGACAUCCCUCGUUUUUACCUCAUCCUCAGUCUCAUCAACAGCUUAUUCAAAUGGUUAAUAUGCGUCCAAAUUCUGUAGUAGGUUCUGAUCGUUUGUCUCUCGGUUCAGGUAGUGACCGAUUUUCUGCUCACAGUAGCCAGGUUUUGGUGCAACCUAACGGUACUGGUUCUAUACCUUAUCCAAAUUGUCCUCAGUCUCAAGCUUUAACACCCCAAUUAUAUUACCAUCGACCAUCAACACCUCAAAACCAAACAUGGGCACCACAUUUACCAAAUAUGGGUCACACUCAACCCGGUGUGUUGAUAAUAAACCAAAAUCAGGAUGAUUCUAACUUAGAAGAUGCAUGUAUGACACUAAAACCCCAUAAUACUGAUACUAUCAAAGCUGAUGAUGUAAACAAACUCCAGCCGUCUGUUAAAAGUCAACCAACUGGCAAUAACCAAACAUCUGAACCAAAUACUAAUAAUAACCGAAAGGAACUCAACCAACGGCCAGUUCCUGCUAGCAUCCAGCAUACUACAAGUGCAUUCGUAUUACAAGGUCGACAAUAUCCUGACAGACAACAAAAUAAUCAUGCUUUCAAUUUAUUGCAUGCUAUAUAUCCAUGUUGUCCUCAGUCAUAUCUUAUUUCAAAUGCAUGUUGUAAUUCAAGUUCAAAUCAUAUUUUCGGGCUAGCUGAUCAAAUACCAUACAGAAGAUAUGGGUCUAACAAAUUUCUCCCCUUUGGUAUACACCAAACAAUUCCUGUCAUUCAGAACACACCUGUUUUACCACUAAUGUUUUCGCACCAGUCAAUCAACUUAGAUCCAUCGAUUCCAAAGAAUGCAACGAAUAUUAAAACAGAUGUACUAAAUUCAGAAUCACUAUUUCAUCUUCCAGAUUCAUGCUCCGUUUUAAACGAUGAUAGUUUCCAAUUGGAGUCCUCUAUGCGUUGGCCUUCUACUCAGAAUAAUACCUUACUAAUCCGUGAUUCACUUGGUGGCUUACAUCAGUCAUCAUUUUCAGCUAUGCUGAAUUCCAAAAGACAGACACUUACUAGUUCUCCAUUACGUGGAUUUCAUCCCCAAACAAAAACAGAUAAGGAAAUUAUUGGUUUUUCUUCUCGUCCUACACGUCAACGUCGAGGAAAUAAAAAAUCUGAUGCAAUUGAAUUGCUUCCACCAAUAUCUAGACCACAAUCAGCUCACUUACUUGGCCUACACUUAACAUCGAAAUCAGGCAAUGGUUAUAUUGCAAAUCACAAAUCAGAAGCUCAUACUAAUUCUGCAAUCCGAAAUACUAUUGUUGGAGAGACAAAUGGUUAUGUAAAUGGUCCACGAGUGGUGGUGGUGGUAAGUGAUCCUAGUUCGCCUCCAAAACAUUUAUCAAAUAAUUAUGCAAAAGUUGAAUCUACUAACACUUUACCAACUACUGAACAUGUCAAUAAUUCACAAAACAAUGAAACUAACAAAAACAAUGGUAUUUAUCAAGGUGAAAUUCCAAAUAAAUUGGAUUGGUUCGGUAAUGGAUCUGGCUAUCAUCCACUUAUGCCAAACAAUAUUUGUAAUUCUUUUGAAGUAAACGGAAAUCACAAAGAAUCUUCGAUAAAAACUAAUGGUACCCCAGAUGUAACAGUAACAUCAGAAAUCUGUAACAAAUCACUAACAAAUGGUCAUACAGCAGUAUUAACAACAACAGCAUCACCUACAAAACAAUCAUUAUCUUCUUCAACUGUAAAUAAUCGAAUUCAGGAUACUAAACAUAUUGCUCGCAUAGAUGAUGUGUAA